UGUCCAUCUCGCGUUGUUUUGAAGUCAGCGUGUUUUGCACGCACUUAAGUGAAACUUGUUUAUGUCCGAGUACUACAUCAACCUCCGUUCAGUCAGUCACUCGACACUCCCCCAGGACGCUUUGUAUGUAGAUACAACGUUUCUGUCACCUCCAUGUCCGACCACCAUAAUCACGGUCGCGGCUGUGGCUGCGAAGGUGCCCACGAACCCGCCGAGAGAGGCGUCGAGUACGGACUGUAUCGGCGCAUUGACACGGAAAAGCUGCAGUGCUUGAACGAGAGCAGGGACGGAGAUGGUAAACUGGUUUUUAAACCUUGGGACCAGCGAAACACCCGCGACAAGUUUGUUGAAAGUGAUGCUGACGAAGAGCUGUUGUUCAAUAUCCCGUUUACUGGCAACGUCAAACUGAAAGGCGUCAUCAUAUCCGGAGAGGACGACGACUCGCAUCCGGCAGAGAUUCGAUUGUACAAGAACAUCCCUCAAAUGUCCUUUGACGACACUGGCCGGGAACCAGAACAAGCUUUCAGGCUCAACAGGGACCCCAGCGCUCAACUGGAGUACCCAACCAAGAUCGCGCGCUUUUCCAGCGUCCAGCACUUGUCCAUCCACGUCUCCAAGAACUUUGGCGCCGAGAGCACUCGGAUCUACUACAUCGGCCUCAGAGGAGAAUAUUCUGAGGCUCACAGACACGAAGUGACGAUCUGCAACUACGAGGCGUCGGCGAACCCUGCAGAUCAUAAAGUGGAGAGCAUUGUCCCUCAAACCAAUUUCAUUUCCUGAAGCUUCACGCGCAAGAAUGGCAUCGUUGACGUGGGUCAAGUGAGCACAAUGACGCGUUUGUAGCCGCAUGUUCUUGGCGAGCUAUCCGAGUGUGACGCGGACGCCGAGCGCUGAAAUCUGACGACCUUUCGGAUGAACGCGCUCGAGUGUUGGUAAUGGAGACGGAAGUUGCAAAGGUUUGUAAUUUGCUUGAAAUAAAAUGCUGUUUGCUGACAGUCAAGUUUGAUGUUGUUGAGUUACUCACAUGAGACUUACAAAAACGCUGGUUUGAUUGUUAUUCUGUUAUUCUUUAAAUGAGCAAUUACAUUUUUUAAAAAUUACAACUUGUAAAAUUUUGGCAGACAUCUUUAGUGACUUAUCUGACACCGCUUGCAUUUAAAAUUUCUAUCAUUAAAGAUUGUGACCGUACAUAAAUGUUUUGACGAAAAGGAAAUGUUUUCAGGAAAUUAUUUUAUAUUCUGUACAAAAACUAAACUAAAAUAUUAAGGCAACAAUACUUUAAAGCAACACUGGGUAACUUUUCAUUUUCGGUCAAUUUUAGCGACGCCGGUUGACAAAAACUGCAGUGUUUUUCCUUAAGGAAGACUGCCAUAAGGACCACCGCACACCCGCAAAGUGUCGUAAAAUCGUCAAUCAAUCAAAAAUCAGUCUCCCGGUUACCUGCAGAUGGAUUAAACAUGAAGAUUAAACGUGAAGCAAGGGCCUAGGUUUGCAUAGGGACGGUUUGGACAAAACACUUCCAACUUUUCAGGAUUCCCCACCAACUUUUUAGCAACCUUAUUUGCAUUAUAUAAUGAGUUUAGUUAUAUGUAUAGAUAUUUUAGAUUGUCUUCCAAUAUGUUGUACGGAUAGAUUGUACCUGACCAUUAUUAAGUGAAUUAAAGUACUUUCAUCAUGUUCAGACUUACAUUGACCCCUUUUCACUUGCUGAAUGUGGCAGUCCAUUUUUUUCCCUCAUAAGCACGUUUGAUUGGCUGAUGACUUCACCCCCCGACCACACUCUUACGCAUUAACA